UCAAGAAAGAAAAUUAGGUGAUGUUACUACUUUAUAUCGACAGGAUACUUUAAAUACAGAUGUGAGUUCAAAGUCUUAUGAAUCAGAUGGUAUAGUUUCUGAUGGAAUCGAUUUUCCUCCACUUGAAAAAGUAUUAAUGAACAAAUCAGGUUCUCCUUUAUCACAAUAUAAUUUUUAUUAUUAUCUGAAAGAAGAAUGGCAAGGUGAAGAGAAUUUAAAUUUUUGGUUAGAUGUUGUAACACAUGAAAAUUUAUUUGAUUCAUGGAGAGUAUAUCAAAAUCAUGUAAAGAAAUCACGAGAAAGACGUAGUUAUGAGGGAAAAAAUCAGAUGAUAUAUGAACGAGAUGAAGAAUACGAACAAGAAGAAAUUGUGAUGGAAGAUUGGGAACCUACUCACAAUUAUAAUAAUUCGACAUCAAGUGCCGAAGAUGGUAUAACAGCAUCGGUUGAUUCAAGGAAUCCUGUAAUAUCAAUAAUACAACAACGAAAUAAAUCAAAUAAAUCAGAUGGUCAUGAGAUUUCAAUCAUAGAAGAUGAUCGAUCAGGAAAUUAUAUUCAAACAGAAAUUAUUAAGAGAGUGAAUGAAGAUGAUUUGGCUAAAUCUGCCUUAAAUAUAUAUCAAAAAUAUGGACAUAUGACUAUUUUACCCGAAGAAAGUCGAAAUACCAUGUCUGACCUUAUUGAACAUCAAGGAAGAUAUAAUCCAGUAGUAUUUUCAUCAGCUAAAUCUUAUGUAUAUCAUAUUAUGAAUGUAAUUUAUUUUCCAAAAUUUGUUCAAUCAGCGAUUGAAAUGAAUUUAACUC